UUCUUCCUCAUCACUACCACUUUCCCACUUCCAUUUCUCUUCCCAAAAGCUCCAAAUCAAUCAAAAAUGGGGAAAGACGUUGAAGUUGCAGAGCAAGGCGAAUUCCAAAGCAAAGACUACCAAGACCCACCCCCCGCCCCUCUAAUCGACCCUGAAGAACUCACCAAAUGGUCCCUUUACAGAGCCGCCAUCGCUGAGUUCAUCGCCACUCUUCUCUUUCUCUACGUCACCGUUCUGACCGUCAUCGGUUACUCCCACCAGAGCGACCCUUCCGUUUCUUCCGACCCCUGUAACGGUGUCGGCAUCCUCGGCAUCGCCUGGGCUUUCGGUGGUAUGAUCUUCAUCCUCGUUUACUGCACUGCCGGUAUCUCCGGUGGCCACAUUAACCCCGCUGUCACUUUCGGUCUCUUCUUGGCUCGUAAGGUUUCUUUGGUUCGGGCUCUGUUAUACAUAAUUGCUCAGUGCGCCGGCGCUAUUUGCGGCUGUGGCUUGGUUAAAGCCUUCCAAUCUGCUUAUUAUGUUAGAUAUAACGGCGGUGCUAAUAUGCUUAAUGUUGGGUACAACAAAGGCACUGGAUUAGGCGCUGAAAUUAUUGGAACUUUUGUUCUUGUUUACACUGUUUUCUCUGCUACUGAUCCCAAGAGAAACGCCAGAGAUUCCCAUGUUCCCGUUUUGGCUCCACUCCCAAUUGGGUUUGCUGUGUUCAUGGUUCAUUUGGCUACAAUCCCCAUCACUGGAACUGGAAUUAACCCUGCAAGAAGCUUUGGAGCUGCUGUAAUAUUCAACAAAGAGAAAGCCUGGGAUGACCAAUGGAUUUUCUGGGUUGGGCCAUUUAUUGGAGCUGCAAUUGCUGCAAUUUACCAUCAGUAUGUGCUCAGAGCUGGAGCUAUUAAAGCUCUUGGAUCUUUCAGGAGCAACGCUUGAAAAAUCCUUAUGGAAAUAUAAUUUAAUUGGUUUCUCUCAGAAGACAAGAUUGUGUUUUGUUUUUUUUGUUUUGGGUUUUGUUCUUUUUCCUUCUCAAUAGACUUUUGAUGGUGGAAUUUGGAACUCAAUUGUUGCUGCUCUGUUCUCGUCCGCUUUCGUCCGUCAUCAAAAUUGAGUUCUACAAGAAGUUUAAUUAUUGGCCCUGGAAAUUGUACAUAUUUCCAUCUCUCCCCCCCUAUAAAAACGAAAAAAAAAAAAAAAAAUGGGGCGCAUUCUCAUCUUAUGUCUGUUGUUGAUGUAUUUUCUUUUGUGUUUCAUCCUUAUCCUUUGUUUUUCUUAAUAAAAGAAUCUCCUUUAUUAUGUUCA